GCCUGAUAAUUAUCUGAUAAUUAUGUCGCACCAAAAAGAGGUGCUUCUGUGGCGAUAACAAACUGAAAGCAAUUUCGAUGGACCUCAGCCCUUUGAAGAGUGCCGUGAAAAUAAGGCUGUAAAAUAUUUCUCCUUUUGGAUUUCUGUAAUUCACAUCUUAUGCUAAAGAUUUUGAUAGGGUUUAUAAAAGACUUGUCUCUGAGGACAGCGACCAAGGUCGUCAAAAUAUUGCCAACAGCAUCACUGUCAGAUAUUAUAAAAGCUGGUUUAAAAAAAAAAUGUUAUUCCAGCAUUUUGGUGAGUGCUCAUGACCAGAAGGAGGCAGCACUUACCAACUAUUGGCAGUGGGAUACUGUUGGAAUUCCUUGCAGUGUCUUGCAGGUGCUGGUACUGUGUGAUGUAAGCGUUAAGAAGUAGGUUAAAACUCGAGUUUGGUCACUUGGAAUACAAAUAACAUACAGACAGUUAUGAAAAUACAACCGUUUCUAAAUAAUCCUGGUUAAUAAGAAAUGUAUUAUUUUACCUAAUUGUACAGAUUUGACAUAUUAUGAGUGAUGUUACAACCUACAAAAAUGAUUUACAUUUGGCUAGCAUGUCGUCAAGUUACUUAUUCCUGACCAGAUGCACUAACAGAAGACCACGCGGUGGGUAUCCUAGCAACAGAAACCUGGCGAUUGGCUAAUAAAACCUGUCUGACCUAGUCUGAAACUUGAGAGAAGAGACACACAGCUGCGAUUAAACCUCAGAACCAGGACACCCAAGCCAGGAGCUGAACUGGGGCGUAGCUUGGGGGGUAUGGCAGCAGGGGUAUGUGGGGUCACACCCAUGGUGUUCCGGUUACAGGAAGGUGGUCCCGAUCUGGUGAGGGAGGUACUCCUGGAGCGUGGCUGGGUGGAGUUCGACCCACAGGAGCAGGAGGAGGGAGACUGGAACCUCCACUGGCGUUCUUCCACGUUCCGGAACGCGGACUACGAAACCGUUAUGCCCUGGCAGAGGCUCAACCACCACCCAAAGACCGUGGGCAUAACACGCAAGGACUGCCUGGCCAGAAACCUGAAGAGGAUGAAAGGCACUUUCAGCUCCGCCCUUUAUGACUUCAGUCCCACUGCCUUCAUCCUUCCGAAUGACUACACGAGGUUCCUGGCGGAGUACAGCAGAAAUCGACUGGCGAACCGAGGGAGGCCCGGGUACUGGAUCUGCAAGCCCGUGGAUCUGUCCCGGGGAAGGGGAAUAUUCAUUUUUGAGGACAUUAAAGACUUGACGUACGACUCAUCGGUCAUUGUUCAGAGGUACGUCAGCGACCCGUUGCUGAUCUCGGGGUAUAAGUUUGACCUUCGUAUCUAUGUCUGCGUGAAGAGUUUUCACCCUCUAACUGUCUACAUCCACCAAGAGGGUCUGGUGCGGUUUGCGACAGAGAAGUAUGAUCUAACCUCCUUGGACAACCUUUAUGCUCAUCUAACCAACACCAGCAUCAACAAGUUUGGGCAGUUCUACACCAAAGACAAAGAGCAAGUUGGUCCGGGGUGUAAGUGGACAAUGAGUAAAUUCCGCAGCUUUCUACACAACCAGGGCGUUGACGAGCUUCUCUUCUGGCAAAGAAUCAACAGCAUUGUUACCCUGACCUUGCUCACCAUCGCACCUUCUAUUCCCCGCAGUCCGAACUGCAUUGAGCUCUUAGGCUUUGACAUUCUAAUCGAUGCCAGCUUCAAGCCGUGGCUUCUUGAGGUGAACUACAGCCCCGCCCUGUCCCUAGACUGCCCGGCAGACGUGGUGGUGAAGAAGGGACUUCUCAACGACCUCUUUGAUUUGAUGGGCUACAGGAAGGUGGAUAGCCUUCGACAAAGAGGCUACUUGAGGCAGCGGCACAGACACCCUUCCUAUUUUAGCCAUCGGUGUAUGCAACCAUCAUUCUCCCCUGUGUUGCUGUUUCCCCGGUUUACGAACAAGCCGAACCCUGACGACCAAGGCGAAGGGGAGUCGCAUGUUGAUGCCCUGCAUGACGACAGUGUAGGGUGCUCCGAUUCCCGAGGAUUCCCGUUAGUUGAGACAAAGCAAAUCGGAUCUGCUCGGGAAAAUGCCGCGCGUUCCUCCCGCCCGUCUCACGGCCCCCGUUUCAAACCCCGUCCAAAGACAAAGGCAGCCAGGGCGGAAGGGGACAGAAGGGCAUACCCUCUGAUCUCAAGAACCUCAGAGCCUGUUCUGUGGACCGAGACCAUAGACUCAGAAGCCUUCUUUGAAAACAGUGCACCGGCUCCGGUCGACAGUGUCAAGCAGCCCUCGCCAGUGCGUUUGUGGAAGCUGCCCGCCAUUCAGAUUCAUAAAUACACGCCUCCAACCUACUCGUGGGACCACGUGACCAAGGAAAACCGCAGGCCCCUGUCCCGCGUGGGUGACUUCAUACUGACGUUUCCUUUCAACGAGGUCACUCUCAAGGCCUCACGGAACAAGCUUGACGUGAAGACCGCCGCCCAAGAGGUUCAAAGAAUCACCAACUGGCUGGCGUCCCCACGCAGUCACGUGGUGAAGCGAAGAAGACGAGACAGCCUAGGCAGGUGCCUGGAAAAGGACAGAUUUGGACCGCUGUUUUGGGGGCCGAGGAACCCACCACUCCUCAGUGAGUGCUGCCCCACAGGGUGAUUGUGUGCCACCAGAACUUGACUGAACGUUCCUGAACUAACUAAGACAAUGACAGUGCUUUCCAGAAACUCUUAGGAGUCAAUAAGAUAUCCAUGUAAUGAACUA